AUGGAUAUGGAGACGGUGGAGGAGGUCGUCAGGGACACACAGUAUCUCCUAUUGGGAGCAGAUUCUCGCUCGUUUCAAUUCAAAACAGAACCGCUUUUAACAGUUAGCAUAACAUAUACAAUACGGUCAAAUUCUGAGCUACAGCAUGUGCAAGAUAUAGUUCAGCUUGCCCUUAUAAUAAAGAAACUGUCCCUACAACCGUUAACUGUUUUCAAGUCGGACGUUCAUGCUGCCUUCUUGGAUAACAUUAAUGAAAUUGUACGGUGUUUUCAAACAGAGUUGGAUGAGAUUUAUACAAAUAACAAACCCACUUCGCUCUUGGAAGUUAACUGUAAACUGACAGAUUGGUCAGUCAUCUUUAAGCAUAUCUACUGGCUUAAUAUUAGAUGCAGCACCUUAAAUGCGAGUGAUUUCUUAUCACUACUCUUUGAGUAUUCAUUACAUGGAGAUACUCUAAUUGCAGAUCAUUCUUUGAGAAUUUUCAAUAGUUGUAAGAAAAAUUAUUUCGACUUGAUCCAGUCUUGGGUUUUGAAAGGUUCCUUUGAUUCCAGUUGUAUAGAUGAUUCCUUUUUCAUUACCAAAGAGAAAAAGUUUAAUUCUUCUAAAGUACCCUCGUUUAUUACCAAUGAAUUCGCCUUAAAAGUAUAUCAUAUAGGUAGGGCAAUUGAUUUUAUCCAAAACUACUUACACCAUGAAGAAUGGGUUAAUGAUUAUUAUUGUUACUAUUGUUCGGAAGAUUUCAAUCAAAUUAAUGUCGAAUUAUUAUACAAGUUUGUCAUUGAUCAUUUGGAUGAAUCAAUUUUGACUGAUUUCCAAAAUGAGGUUUCUUAUUUGAACAGGUUCCUUUUAUUUAAUCAGGGUGAUUUGAUUAAUGCAAUUAUAGAGAAAGGUACCCUGGUUCUGAACAAACAAGCAUCAACUUUGUCAAGUUACCAAUUGAUUGAUUUGUUGAAAGAUUCUAUUGAUAUUUGUUCAGUUUCUUGCAAUGUUCCACCUGAUGUUUAUAAUAGAAUUGAUGCUAGACUACUUAAUAUCGAUAUAGAUACCUCAAUUGGUUGGGAUUUGUUUACAUUGGAUUUUAAACUUAUACCUCCUAUCCAAUAUAUCGUCUCUAAAUCAUAUAAAGAGUAUUUGCGUGUUUUUAAUUUUUUGCUCAAAAUUAAACAUUUAAGACGUCAAUUAUCUUUAUCUUGGAAGAAGUCUAAUUUUAAUUACAAAAAGUCACCACAUUCAGUCCACAAUCUGAAAAAUUACCAACGCAAGUUUAAUUUAAUCAGACAUCAAUUUAUUUCAUUUAUUGAUACCAUAUUUUCUUACAUUGAAAAUGAAAUUCUAAUUGUGAAUUUCAUAAUUUUCCAACAGAAUCUGACUCCGACUAGAAUUAAUUUGAGAAAUGGCAAACUAUUACCAGUUGGAGAUUCUAUGCUCAACUUGGAUGAUCUCCAGAGGAUCCAUAAUGAUUAUAUAUUGUCCAUUUCAAGAUCAGACCUCUUCUCGAAUGAUUUCAAUCAAAUUCUCUACCAAUUAAUCAUAAUUGUUCAACGAUUUGCCUCAUUAGCGAUUGAAUUCGAUCAAUCAAUAUCCGAUAUUCAUCAACUUGAGAGCUUGAAUCAAUCAACAGAUUUAUCUUCUCAUAUAUCUUCGAUAUCACUGAAAAUCGAUAAAAUAAUGAAGAAAUUGAACAAAGAUAUUGUCACUCAUUUUGAAAAUUGUAUGAACCUUUUGAUUCAAUCACUUCGAAAUUCAUCAAAGUCAUCAUUGAUAUCGUUAUCUCACAUUUUAGAAGUUUAA